UGAGCAGGUUAAGUGGUUUAGAAUAUGGUCGUGCAGAACGUGCAGAGUUUUUUUAUUUCCAAAUAAGGUCAGUUCCCUGAGGUAUGAAAGAGCAAAGUCAAUAAACCUCAAUAAACAUCGAAUUAUUGCACUGUCAAUGAAGGUUCAAAGAAACAAACACACACACAGCGGGGUCAUGAGGUAGUGCUGUUCCUUUAACAUCUCACCACAGCACAUAGUUUGACUCACUUCCCUCACUGCCCCACCCCAGAGCUCCUGUGCUGAAGCUUGACACAGACCCCUCCAACAGACUGGAGAGUCUGUUCUCAUUCCUACAGUCUGCUGGACUUUGACUGCUGAUUUUCUGUCCACAAACAGAGAAGAUCACUUCAGGAUGCCUCUUGGGGGUGGAAACAAAUGUGGCUGCUGCCAGAAAACAGUGUAUUUUGCAGAGGAAGUGCAGUGUGAAGGGCGGAGCUUCCACAGAUUCUGCUUCCUUUGCAUGGUGUGCAGGAAAAAUCUAGACAGCACUACUGUAGCCGUCCAUGAGAAUGAGAUCUACUGCAAAGCCUGUUAUGGCAAAAAAUACGGGCCCAAAGGCUAUGGCUACGGUGCUGGCGCAGGAACUCUGAGCAUGGACAAAGGAGAGUCACUGGGAAUUAAACAUGUGGAGCCUCAAGAACAUCAGCCAACCAAUAACCCCAACACAUCAAAGUUUGCUCAGAAGUUUGGCGGCUCUGAUGUCUGUCCACGGUGUAGCAAGGCCGUCUACGCAGCUGAAAAAGUCAUAGGGGCAGGAAAUGCAUGGCACAGGGGUUGUUUCCGAUGUGCAAAGUGCGGCAAGGGGCUAGAAUCUACAACUUUAGCUGACAAGGACGGAGAAAUCUACUGCAAAGGUUGCUAUGCCAAGAACUUUGGACCAAAGGGCUUUGGAUACGGUCAAGGCGCUGGAGCACUGUCACACACUCAAUAGUUCAGCAUGACACAACUUACCCCACAUUCCCCCAUUCGUAAGCAUCUGUAGAAGCUCCUAAACACCUCCUGCUCACAUACAAGUACAGGUGCGAGUGAGUUCAUGUCAGUGUCUUCAAAAAGGAAACAGGUGUCAGUCAAGAAGGAAACCAGAGUCCUGAUACUUCCGUCUAAAUCUUACACGCGAUACAUUCCACAAGACAUCAUGUCAUUGUCUUGAACCCAUAAACAUCUCUUCUUAACUCUUGGAAGAACGUCAAGUAUGUAAACUAAAAAUGGGAUUAAGACUUAAUCUGCUCACCUAAAAUGAUCACUUGAAUUUUCACCGGUUUAGUGGAACCUGAGCUGUGGUGUUAUGUCGGUAUUCCUCUGCUUCGAUGUACUGUCUGGUCUUAAAUGGAUCUGCAUACCAGUUUACUAGUUUACCACAUGCUUGUUUGAGCUUUAAUCACUGUAAAGAAUGUUUUCUUCAGCAUGAAUGAGUCACAAGUACUCCUUGCCUUUAUUUCAGUUUAUUUCACUAUUAAUGGAAACGUAUGCCUUCUGCACGUACUUUAAGAAGAUGGUUAGAAGUAAAUGUACAAAUAUGCACAUUUUUGGUGUCUUUUUUUAUUUGUGUCCAUUAAACUGAAUAGUAGGUGAAUGUAAAUGUUUGAGAGAUUUAUGUAUAUAAAAUGAAUGUGGCUUGCAAGUAAGUAGAGGUAGUUUCAGUAUAUAUUUCUAGUAGAGGGUAUUCCUUAGAAAUUUGUCUUGAUAUCACACCUAUAGCUCGCGUCCCGUUCUGUGGCAUUUCAAUCGACACUUUCAAUUUGGCAUUUUAAUAACAAAUACAUAUUUAGUUGCUAUCUCUGGUGCCACAUAUUGGAAGAAAAAAAUGAACUCAUUGGAUUCAUUGUUUUUUUUUUUUUCAUUGGAUGAUGUGCAAUACCAUUAAAAAGUUACAAGUCUAUAAGCUUUAAAAAAUAUUUUUAAAGAAGCGUCUUUUGCUCACUAAGGCUGCAUUUAUUUGAUCAAAAAUACAGUAAAAACUGUAAUACUGUGACGUAUUAUUAUAACUUAAAAUAAGUGUUUUCUAUGUGAAUAAUUGUAAAAUGUAAUUAUUCCUGUGAUCAAAGCUGAAUUUUCAGCCUCGUUACUCCAGUCUUCAGUGUCACAUGAUCCUUCAGAAAUUAUUCUAAUAUUCUAAAAAAAACAUUUCUUAUUAUCAGUGUUUAAAAUAGUUGUGCUAUGUUUUCAAUGUCUUUGAUAAAUAGAAAUUUGAAUUUAAAAACAGCACUUAUUUGAUAUGCAAAUCUUUUUUUGUAAUAUUAGUCUUUAGAUCAAUUUAAUGCAUCCUUGCUAAAUAGAUGUAUUAAUUUAUUUUUAAAAAAUGUCAUCCUAACCUCAAAUCAUUGAAACAUAGUGUAUACCUAUUGUUUCAUACACCAUUUAUAUAGGCCUACCAUUUAUGAGGCCUUGUUUUUAUCUAAAUUUUCUGUAUUAACUUGACCAAACAAUCAACUGGUCAAAUGAAUUAUUGAUAUAAAACUCUCAUUGUCUACUGAUUCGACAUGCAUCAGCGUUCUCUGCAUAUGUGGCAUGCGAAUGGUCAUUUUUAAAGUGAGCAUACUCAACUAUAAUCCUUUCACAUAAUCUCAAUCACAUGCUAAAUUCGUGACCUAAUCAUUUUACAAUUUUAGAAAUGUACAGUACAUGAGUCACUCUCUUAUCGAGUUUCACUGUGACUGAAAGAUGAACUGUCUGACACUUUCAGUAAUGCAGCUUUCUUUUGGGAAGUACCUGAUAAUCCUUUAAAAGUCGUAAACAUUUCAAUGAUCAAGAACAUUAAGCUCUGAUGAUUGCAUACAGAUUGUCACCCUGAUUGCUGUAUUUACAUGCAACAAGAUACAAUGCACCUCACAAAAAAAAAAUAAAAAAAUAAAACACUCUCAGGUGCCCAAACAUUGCACAAAGGGAGUUUUAUGUUACACUUUA